AUGUUAAAUUCCGUUGGUGGAGGGACAGGUUCAGGUUUUGGUGCCUUAUUAUUAGAUAAAUUAUCAGUUGAUUAUUGUAAAAAAUCUAUAUUGACCGUAAAUAUUUAUCCAUCACAAGAAACGUUUGUUUCUAUGGUUGAACCCUACAAUUCUAUUCUUGCAACAUAAUUUUUGAUAGAUCAUGCUGAUGUUUGUAUAACUAUGGAUAAUUAAGCAAUUUAUGAUAUUUGUUAGAAUAAACUUGAUAUUGAAUUACCAAAAUAUUCUAAUUUGAAUAGGAUAAUAGCUCAAGUGAUGUCAUCAAUUACUACUUCUAUGAGAUAUGAUGGAGCAUUAUUGAGGGAUAUGGCUGAAUUGGAAACUAGUUUAGUUCCUUAUGCCAAGUUAAAAUUUUUGAUCUGUUCUUAUGCUCCGAUAAUAUCCCAUUAAAAGGUGGAUCAUAUGCAGCUUUCGACUGUUGAAAUUGCAAAACUUGCUUUUGAAACAACAAACAUGAUGGCAAAAUGCGAUCCAAGAUUGGGGAAAUAUAUUUCAUGCUUAUUAUUAUUUAGAGGAGAUAUCAUUCCUAAGGAUGUGAGUUCCUCGAUUUUCUAAAUUAGGACUCAUAAAACUAUUCGAUUUGUUGAUUGGUGCCCAACUGGUUUAAAAGUAGGAAUUGACUACCAAUUCUAAUAAACCUUACCAAAGGAUGAUAUUCGUAAAGCUUUAAGAUCUGCUUGCAUGAUUGGAAAUACAACUGCUGUGUCAUAAGUCUUUUCAGAUGUAUGCUAUAAAUAUGAUUCAAUGUUUGCAAAAAGAGCCUUUGUGCACUGGUAUAUUAACGAAGGUAUGGAGGAAGCAUAAUUCGUAGAAGCAAGAGAAGAAUUAGCAUUCCUAUAAAAGGAUUAUGAGGAAGCAGAUUCAGCAAUAAAUGAAGAGAAUUAAAAAGAAAAUGCAGGAAAAACAGCACAAAAAUAGCUUCUAGUCAAUGUAAUAGAUUAAAGAGUAGAAAUUGUGUAUGUAGAAAAUCAAUAAGUACUAAUAGAUUAUUCAUAAUUUUCCCACUUUAAGAGAUAGUAUAUUUACAAUUUUCAUAUGCACAUGAAUAAAUCGACAAAGAUUCCUUAAUAAAAUAAAAGUAUCACAUUAUUUUAGAAAAACAAAGGUGAUUAAACAAAUAAGAAUCAGCGGAGUUGUUUAGUAACUAAUUAGCGAGAAUAUUGA